AUCACUAAACUGUCAAAUUCUUUUUCGUACACGCUAGCUCAAGUGCACGUGUAUUUUUUGGGUUUUUGCUCGAUACUAAGCCAAAAUGGAUAAACCUAACGUUCUUGCUCGCGUCGUCAAGGUCCUGGGCCGCACUGGCUCCCAGGGCCAGUGUACCCAGGUCAAAGUUGAGUUCAUCGGAGAGACUAGCCGUCAAAUCAUCAGGAACGUGAAGGGUCCAGUCCGCGACGGCGACAUUCUGACUCUCCUCGAGUCCGAGCGUGAAGCUAGGAGACUUAGAUAAGCAGUCUGCUUCUAUAUCUACAUACAUUAGGAUAAGGCGCACCUUUAAUAUGUAACAUUUAUGUAUUAAAUUUUUUGUGUAUAACCAUAUGAAACCGUCAAAGAUGAACAUUUAUAACACCUAUUACCAUCUCAAUAAAUAAUUACAAGCGA